GUGCCACGAAGAUCACCAAUGUUGCCACAAGACAACACCGCGGCGAUGGGUCUGACGAUGCAGAGUAGAGCAGUUGACACGCGGGUCCAGCUCGAAAUUAGGGAAGGCGAGCCUAAGGGUACUCUGGUUGGCACGAUACCUGUGAAGCCCGACUUCACUUACAGAUUCAACGAGCCGCCGAAGGAGUUCGUACUUGAUCCGGAAACUGGCAACAUAAGAACGACCAAGGUUCUCGAUCGCGAAGCUCUCAGCAGUGAUCGGUUCGAUCUGGUUGUGCUCUCGAGUCAACCGACUUAUCCGAUCGAGGUGCGAAUUCUGGUACUUGAUAUCAAUGAUAAUAAUCCAGAAUUUCCGGAGCCCAGUAUUGCGGUUAGCUUCUCGGAAUCGGCUGUGGCUGGUACCAAGCUAUUGUUGGACGCCGCGACUGACCGGGAUACACCAGAGAACGGCGUGUUGGACAAUUAUUUUAUCGUGGGAAGUAAUAUGAGUGAUAACUUCCGUUUGCAGGUCAUUGGAAAUCCCACAGGUGAAAUGUCGUACCUGCAUCUCGAGACUGUCGGCAAGCUAGACCGCGAACAAAUAGAAUUUUAUUCGCUCAACAUUUGCGCGUGCGAUCGCGGCCGACCGCCGCGACUGGGUUGUCUGCUGGUGAACGUAACAGUGCUGGAUGUGAACGAUAAUCCGCCCGUGUUUUCACAAAGCGACUACGUGGUAGCGUUGAACGAGAGCGCACCUGUUGGCACCAAGGUGUUAACGGUGAACGCCACCGAUAAAGAUUUGGAUGACAAUUCUAAGCUAACGUAUUAUCUGCCGGACAAUGAGCGCAAAUUUACAAUCGAUCCAGAAACUGGCACAAUUACGACAGCCGAGCCCUUAAAAUGUCCUCAACAACGUUGCAUAGUGGUACGUCCAGGCGGCAGUUGUCCCAAGAGUUGCGUCAUCACAGUCUACGCUCGUGAUCACGGUUCGCCUAGACAGGACGGUCGUACUUACGUGACGGUAAACUUGUUGGACGCGAAUGAUCACGAUCCUGUGAUCCAGUUCAACUACUUUCCACAGAGUGUGGGUUUUGCCAGCGUCGACGAGAACACCGCCAAAGACCAAAUUGUUGCGGCGGUAGCGGUGAUCGACGACGACGAGGGUCCGAACGGUGAGACUAGCGUAGAGAUACGUGCUGGUAAUGAGUUAGGCCACUUUCGGUUGGAGCGCGCAGCGGGCUUAAACAUCGUGCGAGUCGAUGGUCGGUUAGAUCGCGAGGAGAUACCCAAGUAUAAUCUUACAGUGGUUGCUACCGAUAAGGGCACGCCACCCAGAUCAGCCACAGCCUAUCUCGUUAUUCACGUGAAUGACGUCAACGAUCACGAGCCGGUGUUUCAGCAAAGCGAGUACUCAGCAGUAUUAUCGGAACUCACACCGAUCGGCAGUUUCGUUGCCAGCAUCUCGGCCACGGACGCGGAUUCAGGGGUAAACGCGCGAAUUUAUUACGAGUUCAGUUUGGGUAAUGAGCAUCGAUGGUUUACUAUCGACAGGGACACUGGCUUGAUCACUACCGUGGCUACCUUGGAUCGUGAGGUCCAAGGUAGCAUCGAGUUACGCGUGAUGGCGAAGGACGGCGGUCCGAAUGCUAAGUACGCGUCCACGCAUGUCAAAAUAACGAUCCUUGACGAGAAUGAUGAGGCGCCACGCUUUUCCGAGAAAGUCAUCGCGGUUACGCUAUCGGAGAACACGCCGCCCUAUAGUCUAGUAGCUACUCUCACAGCUAUUGACAACGAUCAAGGUACCAAUGGUAGCGUCGCGUAUAGUUUUCACCCUAGUGUCUCGCGUGAUUAUCCCAAGACCUUUGCCCUGGAUGCUUUGACCGGUCAGCUGACGACUAUGGUCGCCUUGGACCGAGAAGCCAUAGCAGAGUACAGAAUUCUAGUGAUAGCGAAAGAUCAAGGCACGCCGGUACAAUCUUCGACCGCCACCGUGGUGUUAACGUUAGAAGACAUCAAUGAUAAUUCACCUGUUUUCUAUCCUUCGAAAUAUUUAAUGCCCAUCUCCGAAGAUGUUCCAGCAGGUACAACCAUAGGUAAAGUAACGGCGUCUGACGCUGAUGCGCGAGAGAAUGCUCAGGUGAGAUACACUCUAGAAUCCGGCGGUGAAGGUCUCUUCGUGGUGGAAGAAAGGACCGGCGUGAUUGUUCUGCAAGGUUCUCUACGGGCUGCGCACAAGACUCUUUACGAAUUGACGAUCUCAGCGAAGGACAUUGGCGACCGGAUGGCAGCCAGAAAUGCCGUAGUAGAAGUUAUACGCGAAGAGGAUCUGGAGCACCUCGAGUUUGACACUUACAAUGGUUAUGAGUUUCGCGUUCUUGAGGAUUAUGGCGAGUGCGAUUCGUCUGUUUCGUCUGCCAAUCGGGAAAUCGGCUCAGUACACGUCACACAAUACGGCAAUACGGGUAAAGUGAGCUACGCUAUAGUAUUCGGUGAUCCUAAGGGCAAUUUCAGAAUCAACGAAAAUACUGGAGUUAUCAGCACCGCCGGCUGCCUGGACCGCGAGCGUAUUACUUAUUACAGCCUGCAACUGUCAGCGCGUGCCGAUCUCGCGUAUGGUCAGACAAUCGUUAACAUCACCGUGCAAGAUGUCAACGAUAACCCGCCGAGGUUUCCCAGGGGUGAGUGGGGCGACGAGAUUCUCCUGCGGGAGAACGCGGCUGUGGGGCAGGAAGUGUGCCUGGCUCGGGCCAGGGAUCGUGACACCGGUGCCAAUGCCAGGAUCGUUUAUUCCUUGACGCAUAAUCCGGACGGGCAAUUCAGAAUCGCCGAGAACUCGGGCAUUAUCUAUCUAAACAAGCCGAUUCGUGCGCCGCCCGGUACGAUCUUUCAUCUAGAGGUAACGGCGACCGAUUCCGGCAGGCAACCGUUAUCCGCCCAGCACCAAAUUCGAGUGACGAUUGAAGAUGUCAAUGAUCACACACCGGUUUUCCGACUGACCAGCUACGAGACUUCGCUGCCGGAAUCUACGCCAGUCAACGAGCGUUUCUUUUCGCUAAUAGCUCAAGACGUGGACCUCGGCAUCAACGGCAGGAUAUUAUAUAGCAUUACCGAUGGCAAUACGGAGAACCGUUUUGGCAUCUUCCCGGAUGGCCAGCUGUACGUGAAGAACGCGCUUGACCGCGAGGAACGGGACUAUUACGCGCUCGAAGUCACCGCAUCUGAUCAGGGUAAACCACCACGAAGCUCUGUGGUCCCUGUGGUGGUGCACGUGAUCGAUGAAAAUGACAACGCGCCCCAAUUCACUAAUAGUAGUUUCAGCUUUCAUCUACGCGAGAACGAGCCACCUGACACCUUCGUCGGCAAACUGCUGGCUACUGAUCGCGAUGUCGGUCGUAACGCUGAUCUCAUGUUCUUGCUACCGGCCAAUCAGCAGGAUUUCGUAGUCGACUCGAGAAACGGUUUCGUGAGAUCGCUGCGCAUGUUUGAUCGCGAACUCCUAGCCAAUAACGGCGGCAACUACAUCAGUCUGGAAGCCAGUGUCUUGGACAAUGGCGUUAACCGUUUAAGUGACCGCGUCAAGGUCACCGUCUAUAUCACCGAUGUUAACGAUAAUAUGCCGCAGUUUCAACGUUUGCCCUAUUGGGUGCAGGUGAGUGAGGGUGCCACGAUCGGCAUGCAGUUACUAAGAGUAUACACGACCGACGCGGACGAGGGUUUGAACGGCGAUGUGUUCUAUUCGCUGGAGGAUGGUAAUCAACAUGGUCACUUCAUGAUAGACGAGGCUACCGGGCAGAUCACGCUCGAGAAGGAGCUCGAUCGCGAAACGUUCGACACCUACGUGCUGACCGUCGUGGCACACGAUGCUGGUUUGGAGACGCGACUAUCAUCUAGCGCGACCGUCCACAUCGAGGUGCUCGAUGAGAAUGAUAACAAGCCGCGCUUUGUCGACAACGAGUCGGAGAUCUCUGUGCUGGAAACUACGCCAGUCAGUACCGAGCUGUUGCGUUUUAAGGCUACCGAUAACGAUCUCGGACCCAAUAGCGAGUUGACAUUUGCUAUAUCGGCUGGCAACAAGAGGGAUACUUUCUAUAUUGAUCCGCUGACCGGUAUUUUGUCACUGAAGAGACCGCUCGAUUAUGAAGAAUUGGUACGUUACACGCUCAACAUUACAUGUAGCGACGGAGGUCACCCGCGUCUCAGCUCGGUCACCAGCCUGACUGUUAAGGUAAUCGAUACCAACGACAAUUCGCCGGUGUUUCCAAACACAGCGAUUGUACGUCAAAUACGCGAGGGUAUCCCUAUACGAACGCCGAUCGUCACCAUUACUGCCGAGGAUCCGGAUUCAGGCCCCAACGGCAAGGUCAGCUACUCGAUUCUCAGCCAGGAUCCGCAGGAUGAAGUGCGACGUUUCGGUAUCAAUUCGUUGACCGGCGUGAUCAAUACGCUGCUCCCGAUCGAUCGCGAAGAGGUGGAUACUUUCAAUCUGGUGGUGGUCGCUACCGAUCAAGCGCAACCGCCAAGCGCACGGCUGUCUGCCGAGAAGCAAGUGAUCGUAUUCGUGGAGGAUAUCAACGACAACGCGCCGAUUUUCGUUAGCAUGUCAGCGGUAGUGUUACCGCCUCUGAACGCCGGCAACUAUCAGUCUUCGACCGAGAAUAUCCAGGUCAUGCAACUGCUGGCUCGCGAUCUCGACUUUAGCACCAACGGCUUAGUGACGUACGAGUUACUCCGUUUCAGCGUCAAUUACUCGGACAUGUUCCAAAUCCAUCGUAACACCGGUCAACUCGUUAUGAGACUUCCGCAAUCAUCUCCGAAAGACGGCCCCUUAGAGCAUCUUUCCUUCAAGUAUCAAGUAGGCGUCCGAGCGACAGACGAAGCGGUUCAGGCGGAACGGCGCUCGUCCGAAACUUACGUGACCUUGAUCGUGCCGGGCGAGGACGGCGACGAUCAGCCGAUUUGGGAACAUCAGGGCAAGAUUGAGGGCAACGUUUACGAAAACGAGCCGAUCGGCACAAGUAUCUUGCGCGUGAGCGCGCGUAGCCGUCGAUCCAAAAUUGAGCUCGAGUAUUAUGUGACGAAUGUGACCGCCGGCGACGGGCCCCAAGUUGAUCGGCUAUUCGACAUCGACACGAAGACCGGUGUGCUGUCCACCGCAGCUCAACUCGAUCGCGAGACCGGUGUCCAAUGGUACGAGGUGGAGCUGUACGCCAUCGGCAUCGGCGGCACCAGGCCCAGUACGACGUCCACCAAAGUACGCGUGACGGUGCUGGACAAGAACGACGUGGCACCGACGUGGGGCCCGGGCCCGUGGAAAUUCAAUAUCUCCGAAGACGCGCCGCCCAAUACCGUCAUCACCGUGCUCGAGGCCCACGAUCCGGAUACCAUCGGCACUCUGACUUACACCCUGGUGCCGAAUCACCGUCGUUCCGACGAUGAUUCCGGCGAGUCCGCGCGAGACGACGAUGGGACGCAGAGCCAAUUUAAACUGCAUCCGAUCACCGGCCAGCUGAGCCUCGCCGAGUCCCUCGACAGGGAGGCGAAGGAGAGAUACGUGCUCAAGGUGCGCGCCGACGAUGGCCUGCAACACCGGGACAUCGUGCUUCACAUACAGGUCACCGACACCAACGACAACGCGCCGACCUUCCAGAGCACGGCCUACUCGUUCGACGUUCCGGAGAACAUGCCGAGGGGCGGCCGCAUCGGUCAGGUCGUCGCGACGGACGCAGACGCCUUGGGGCCCAACAGCCAUCUGAGCUACGUGCUCAUCUCCGACUGGGCGAACGAUGUGUUCUCGCUGAGUCCGAGCACCGGCGUGUUCACGCUCAGCGCGAGCCUCGACUACGAACAGGUGCAGCACUACAUCCUCGUCGUGGAAGCGACGGAUGGCGGUGUGCCGGUGCUGUCAUCCACCGUGACGGUGUAUUGCAACGUUAUCGAUUUAAAUGACAACGCGCCGAUCUUCGAGACCGGGCCGCACGCGGCCGAAAUUGUGGAGAACGCGACCAUCGGCACACCCGUGCUCACCGUGACCGCCCAGGAUCUAGACUCCGGCGACAACGCCAGGAUCGUCUACGCCAUCGUCGGCGGCGAUGAGGACGGUGACUUUGGGGUGGCCCACAACGGCACCCUCUUCACGCGCCGGGCUCUCGACCGCGAGCGGAAGCCGCUCUACAACCUGGUGCUGAGCGCCACUGACAGUCCACUACCGCCGGCGCGGCCGUUGUUCUCCGUAGUACAGGUAACGGUGGUGCUGCUGGACGUGAAUGACAUGUCGCCGGAAUUCAUAUCACCUACGAAGAUAUCGAUAUUUGAGAACGCGCCGAACAACGCGGUAGUGAUGCCGAUAAAAGCGAUCGAUCGGGAUGAGGGUCGGAACGGUAACGUCGAGUAUUUGCUGAAGGACGACAGUAACCUGCCGUUCACCCUCGGUCCAGUGGACGGUCUGCUGCGCGUAUCCGGGCAGUUGGACCGCGAACAAAGAUCCAACUACACCCUGGAGGUCACCGCCAAAGAUCGUGGCGAGCCGCCGAGAUCAUCAUCGAUCAUCAUUUCCAUCACGGUGCUCGAUGAAAAUGACAACUCACCGUUGUUCGAUCCUAAACAGUACUUCGCCACCAUUGCCGAGAACGCCAGCAUCGGUGCCAGUGUCCUUCAAGUAUCGGCGACGGAUCGCGAUGAGGGUGCGAACGGCAGAGUGCGGUACAGCAUCGAGAUGGGGGAUGACAAUCGGGAUUUCACGAUCUCAGAGGACGGUGGUGUGAUCCGGGUGGCGAAGAACCUGAACUUCGAACGCAAAUCCCGGUACCAUCUGAUCAUUGGCAGUGAGGAUUGCGCGGCGGAAGUCGACAAGAUACCACGCAACGACACGGCCCAGAUUACCAUCACCGUGCUCGACAUCAACGACAACGCGCCGGUCUUCCUCGAUUCGCCUUAUCUGGCACACGUUAUGGAGAACAUGGUGCCGCCGGGCGGUUUUGUGAUGCAGGUUACGGCGUACGACGCGGACACUCCACCGUACAACGAUCAAGUGAGAUACUUCCUCAAGGAGGGUGACACGGAUCUAUUUCGCAUAAACGCGAGCACCGGCGAUAUAUCGCUUCUUCGUCCAUUGGACAGGGAACUGGUACCGGAAUACACACUUACUCUAGUGGCUAUGGAUACCGGCUCGCCACCUCUCACCGGAUCGGGCAUCGUCAGGAUCGUCGUCCUCGACAUGAACGAUCACAGCCCCGAGUUCGCCCGGCAGGAUUACAAGGCCACCAUAGUGGAGAACGCACCCGCCGGAACUUGGGUCAUCAAGCCGCACGCCACGGACAAGGACGAAGGAUUUAAUGCGAAAAUAAGCUACAACCUACUUGGAGACAAAGCGGAGCGGUUUUCCGCAGAUCCCGACACGGGCGAAGUGUUCACCACGGUACCGUUGGACCGCGAGCAGACUGCCGUGUAUUAUUUGACUCUGGUGGCCAGGGAUUCGAGCCCGACGGAGCCACGUGCUUCCGCCGUUAAUUUGACGAUUUAUGUGACGGAUGUCAAUGAUAAUGCGCCCCGCUUUUCCAGUCCCCGAUAUACAGCCUAUGUUCCAAACGCAACCAAACCAGGCGACUUUGUCUUUGGCGCGAAAGCAAGCGACGACGAUGACGGUGAGAAUUCGCGGAUCGUUUACCGGCUGCAUGGCAAGGACGCCGAUCGGUUCACUAUCGAUCUCAACAACGGCGUGAUCCGUGCUACUCAAGAACUGAUCGGCGACCAGAUCACCUAUCAAUUACAAAUACAGGCGUCGGACUGCAGUCCCGAGCCCCAGCACGUCACAGCCGAUUUGAUGAUCCACUUGUGGGAUCGGCAGCUGUUCCCCAGCUUCCGAUCGAGCGUCAGCACGAGCUUCACAUUGUCUGAGGACGUGUCCGAGAAUAAGGUGAUCACCAAGCUGAGCGCUACCACGCCGAAAAGUGGAUCGGCGAGCAAUUUGAUCUACGGCAUAGCCGGCGGAAACGUGGGAGAUGCUUUGAGGAUCGAUCCUCACACCGGAGAGGUCGUGGUUGCUUCUGGCUUUGACUAUGAGACGACUCCGCACUACGAAGCCUGGAUUGAAGUUCGCGAUUCGGACACACCUCCACUGCGCAGCGUUCUCCAACUUAUGGUGAACGUCACGGAUGCCAACGAUAACGCGCCGGUCAUGGAAGCUGCCAUUUACAACGCCACCGUGAUGGAAGAGGAAUAUCCGCCGUUGUUCGUCAGUAAGGUAUCCGCGAGGGAUCGCGAUUCUGGCAAGAAUGGCCAGGUCACUUAUCAUCUCGUCCAGGACUUCUCCGAGUCCUUCGUCAUCGACAGCAGUACCGGGCAGAUCGAGACCAAUGCCAAAUUGGAUCGCGAAGAGAUUGCGUCUUACGAGCUGAUCGUGGAAGCUAGAGAUCAAGGUUAUCCCCGAUUAACCGGUACCGCCAUGGUGCUCAUCACCGUUCUGGACAAGAACGACAAUCCGCCGCACUUCACGCGACUGUUCAGCGUCAACGUGACGGAGAACGCGGAAAUCGGCACGUUCGUUAUACGCAUCACCAGUAGUGACCUGGACAUUGGUCAGAAUGCGAACGUUAGUUACAGUUUUACCGAAAAUCCAGGAAAAAAGUUUUCCAUCGACGCCCUAAGCGGAAAUGUGACCGUGGCUGGGCAGCUCGACAGAGAGGAGCAAGAUGAGUAUCUGCUAAAGGUCGUAGCAGCGGACGGUGCAUGGCGAGCAGAGACCGCCCUGACGAUCACUAUUCAGGAUCAGAAUGACAAUGCACCCGAGUUCGACGAGGACACCUAUCAUUUCCAUUUCCCCGAGCUUCAACCGCGGGUGGCGCAUGUCGGCACGGUCGCGGCUACCGAUCGCGACAAACAGGGACCGAACUCCGUUAUAUCUUACAGCCUGUUGCAACCGUCCGAUCUCUUCACUGUUGACCCGGCGACCGGCGACGUCUUCAGCAAGCGUACCAUACGCUACAAGCACACUCAUCGGCCGUCCUCGCCGGAGAAUCUGUACUCGCUGACAGUGGUCGCGACCGAUAACGGCAAGCCACCGAUGUCCUCGAGGACGGUGGUGCACGUGAGCGUGGUGAAUGCCAACAACAACGCGCCUCAUUUUGAGCAGAGGUCCUAUCUGUCGCCGGUGCCGGAGAAUUACGACAUAGGCAAGCGCAUUAUACAGCUGAUCGCCCGCGACGACGCCGACUUCGGCGUGAACGCGGAGAUCAGUUACUCGCUGGAGAAAAACGGUACGGGCGAUCUGUUCGCUAUUGAGGAGCGAACCGGCUGGGUCUACGUACGCAGGAGUCUGAAAGAUAUUUCCGUCGGCACGAUGUUCCUGCUGAAAGCGCGCGCCACCGACAAAGGCGUGCCACCGCAGAAGGAUGAGAUCGACCUGACCCUUGUGAUCUCCGGCGAGAACCAAUACGCGCCCGUCUUCACCGCCGACAAUUACCAGGUCAGAGUGCCGGAAAACGAGGUGGUCAAUGCCACGCUUCUGACGGUUUACGCCAAGGACAACGAUAGCGGGCCCAACGGCAUGAUCCGCUACAGAAUUUCGGCCGGCAACGACAAGAAUCAAUUCUUCGUGCACUCCAUCACUGGUGUGGUCACUCUACUCGAGCCUUUCGAUUACGACCUGGUGCAGGAAUAUCGGUUGAACAUCACCGCCACGGAUCUGGGAUUCGAGCCGAAGCAAGUAAUAGCCGUCUUAACUAUCCAUGUCACCGACAUCAAUGACAACCCUCCAACCUUCAAUCAAAGUGUCUAUGAAGCGUACCUGCCGGAAAAUUCUCCGUCCGAUAGUUUCGUUUACAAGGUGAUCGCUCGGGACAUUGACUCGCCCAAGUAUGCCAUAGUGCAGUAUGAAAUCCUUGGCGGUACCGGCAAAGACCAUUUCCGCAUCCGCGAGAACACCGGUGACAUCACGUCGGAUACUAGCUUCGAUUAUGAAGAGGCGAAUGAAUACACUCUCGACAUCGUUGCGGUGAAUCCGGACUCGAGCCCGCAGAUGGUUGGCUUCACGACCGUGGUGGUGCACAUCACCGGCGUGAACGAGUACUAUCCGCAUUUCAUUCAACCCGUGUUUCAAAUGGACGUGUCGGAGAGCGCCGAGGUGGGCACGUCAGUUGGCGCGGUUCAGGCGACCGAUCAGGACUCGGGCGAGGACGGCCGCGUGUACUACCUCUUCGUGGGCUCGUCCAACGACCGCGGCUUCGCGAUCAGUUCAGACACUGGCAUCAUUCGAGUGUCGCGCCAACUCGAUCGCGAGACGCAGAGUCGCGUGGUGUUGACGGUGAUGGCGAAGAACGCCGGCGGUAUACGCGGCAACGACACCGACGAAGCGCAGGUGAUCAUUUCCAUCCAGGACGGUAACGACCCGCCCGAGUUUCUGCAGAGCACCUACGACGCCAGCGUGUCGGAGAGCGCCGUCCACGGCACCCGCGUGCUCACGGUCCGCGCGAUCGACAAGGACAUCAAGCCGCAGAACAAUCAGUUCUCGUAUUCCAUCAUCGGCGGCAAUCUCGGCCAGGCCUUCAAGAUCGAUCCACAGACCGGCGACAUCGAGACGGCGAAGCAACUCGAUCGCGAGACCGUGCCCGCGUACGAUCUAACGAUUGGCGCGAUUGACACCGGCUCGCCGCCGGAAACUGGCACCGCAAUGGUGCACAUUGAGCUGCAGGAUGUGAAUGACAACGGCCCGGUCUUCGAUCCGCCGGAAGUAAUCGGCUAUAUCAGCGAGAACGAACCGGCAAGUACCAGCAUCAUGACCCUGAGCGCGACUGAUCCUGAUCUACCGCCCAACGGCGCGCCGUUCACCUACAGAUUGAUCGGAGGAAGACAGAGCGACAUGGUGUCUUUGGACAAGCAUUCGGGCGUGUUGAGGACCACCAGGAGUCUCGAUAGAGAAACGAUGCCGCAGUUGGAUCUCAUGAUUGAAGUGGAGGACUCGGGCAUACCUCGAAUGAAGAGCGAGCAUACCAUCGUCGUAAUCGUCACCGAUCAGAACGACAGUCCGUCCACGCCGAGAUCGGUGCACGUGAUCGUGCACUCGUUCAACGGCAAGACACCGCUGGGAAAGAUCGCCGAUGUGCAUCCGAACGAUCCGGAUAUCAUCGGAACUUUCUCGUGCAAGAUUCUUCAGGGCUCGAGUUCGCGUGUGCUCACCAUUCCCACUGCCUGCGAUCUGCACACCAACAAGAUUACAUCAGGAAUAGGCUAUUCUUUGAGCGUCUCCGGCAACGAUGGACGACAUCCGGAUGUGAUCUCCAAGGUUACCGUCGAGUUCCUGAUCUUCUCGAACGCCACAAUCGAGAACAGCGUGACCCUACAAAUUUUCAAAUUGACCGCUAACGAUUUCCUCAGUCAAUACUACCGGGCUCUCCUGGAUCUCCUGCAAGAGAAAAUCGAUGUCGGCGAUACACUCACCAUUUUCAGCAUUGGUGAAAACGGACCGGAUCUGAACGUUCACUUGGCAGUGGAAUCUCCGCAAGGAUAUCGGACGAAGUACGAAGUGACCGAUCUGCUGAAGCGCAAUCAAGAUCAAAUUCAAACGUUACUCGAAGGUAAUUUAUUCAUUAUCGGCUAUUCCCCGUGCAAACACAUGCCGUGCGAGAACGGGGGCAGCUGCAGCGACCGACUGGCUAUAUACGACGAUGCCAGGAUCACCGACAGCCAGGCGCUGAUCCUGACGUCGCCUAGGAUGCUGCACGAAAUGACCUGCAAGUGUCGGGACGGUUUCACCGGUGAUAAAUGUGAAAGAAGACAGGAUCCGUGUUCGCCGAAUCCCUGUUUAUUGGGAGGACAGUGUCGCCGUUUGGGAUACGAUUUCCAAUGCACUUGUCCUAUUGAUCGCGAUGGCAAGCUGUGCGAGCUCGAGAGAGGUGAUGCGUGUGCCAGCAAUCCGUGUCGGAACGGCGGAUCGUGCAGAAAGAGCCCGGACAGCUUCAGUUUCUUCUGCCUCUGCAGAGCAGGCUACAGGGGCAAUCACUGUGAAGCAGUCACUGAUUCCUGUCGACCGAAUCCUUGCUUGUACGGUGGCUUAUGUGUGGGAGAAAAACCAGGAUAUCGAUGCAGCUGUCCCGACGGCCGCUACGGCCGGCACUGCGAGCGCUCGACCUUCGGUUUCGACGAGUUGUCGUACAUGGCAUUCCCGGCGCUGGACUCCACCACGAACGACAUCACCAUCGUGUUCGCCACCAUAAAGCCGAACGCGUUGCUGCUGUACAACUAUGCGUCGCAGACCGGCGGCCGCUCGGACUUUGUCGUGCUGGAGCUGAUAGACGGCCGAGUGGUCUUCUCGUACGGCGGUGCCAGAAGCGCGAUCACCACCGUCACCAUCAAGACGGAGCGGCCGGUGUCGGAUGGCGAGUGGCACAAGGUCACCGCCACCAGGAACGGCAGAGUUAUUUCGCUCAGCGUGUCCACUUGCAAGGAACACGGCGACGUCUGCGACGAUUGCAGACCCGGCGAUGGUACCUGCUCCGCGAACGACGUGGGUCCGACUGGGACCUUAAAUUUCAACAAUAAUCCUCUCCUACUGGGCGGUUUGGAGAACGCCGAUCCCGUGUUAGAACGUCCGGGCCAAGUGCACGCUGAUGAUUUUGUGGGUUGCGUUCAUUCGGUGUCGAUAAACGGAAGGGCCUUGAAUCUGACGAAUCCGAUCGCGUCGCGUGGUGUGAAGUCCACGUGCGUCAGAUCGCAGCGGAAUCCUUGUCUGAGAAAUGAGAAAGACACUGCAUCCGUUUGCGCCGUGAACGCCCAAUGUCACGACAAGUGGCAUCAAGUGAUGUGCCAGUGCGGAUCCUUGAUAGCGCCCAACUGUCACGGUGCUUUGGAACCCGUCACGCUGAGUGAGGGAGGAUUUAUCGAGUUCAAGAUUUCGGAAAAACACAGAAGAAUGCAAUUGUUGGAGUAUCUCUACGGAGGUUCAACGACAUGGCACAUGAAUCGCGUUAAGCGCAGUCUCAUCGAGGACACGAGUUUCAUAACGAAUCCUUUAUCCUUGAAGACAAUCGGCUUGAUGUUUAGAACUGUGAAGUCUGAUGGUAUUUUGAUAUACGCCGCAACAAAUAAGCAUUUUACAUCCAUAGAGCUUCGCAGCGGCCAGUUGAUUUACAUGUCCCUGCUCGGAUCACCGGUGAACAUGUCGAUCAGUAUCGAUGGCAGUCUCGCCGACGGACGUUGGCAUAAUCUGACUCUCCAUGCCUACGCACGAGGAAUAAGACUAUUGGUCGAUGGUAUUCUAACAGGUGACGAGUUGGAUUCGGCGGGAGUUCACGAUUUCCUCGAUCCGUACUUGACCGUCUUGUCGAUUGGCGGAGUCAGCCAGGACCUCUAUUACGCUCACAGCGCUGGCUCUAGGAGCUUCGAAGGUUGUCUGGCUAACUUUACCAUCAACAACGAGGUGCAACCGUUCAACGGUUCCGGUUCCAUCUUCAAAAAUGUGCUUUAUCAUGGCAAAGUGAGCACCGGAUGCAGAGGACCGAUCGGCAUCAGUGCGGCGGCGGCCGCGGACCCUCUCAGCAUUGGUAUCACCCUGGUCAUCGUCUUCUUCGUCAUCCUGUUAAUUGCCAUUCUGGUGAGCUUCAUAGUGUUCCGACUGCGCCGGCAGAAUAAGGAGAAGUCGGCGCCGUCGGUUGUCAACAAGAAUACCAACGCCAUCAUGACCGGCAAUUCUCUGGUCGGCCCCGGAAACGACAAUCUCAUGUCCCGUCAUGAGAACACGUACAUCUCCGACACGUCGGAUCUGCGCGGCGUCGGUCACAUGGGUCCUGAGUUGAUCUCGAAGAAGUACAAGGAGCGCGAGAUCAACUCCACCACCGAGCACCGACCGCAACGACCGGAUAUUAUCGAGCGGGAAGUUACCAAGUCGCCUCCCAUCCGCGACGAGCACCCACCGUUACCACCGCCCACGCAGAUCUCUCUCCAUCCGCACGAGCAUAACCCGGAACCCGACAUUCCGGAACAUUACGAUCUGGAGAACGCCAGUUCCAUCGCCCCCAGCGACAUCGACAUCGUGUAUCAUUACAAGGGUUAUCGCGACGGCAUGAGAAAGUACAAAGCCACUCCGCCUCCUAUAGGUAAUUAUGGUAAUCAUCACAAGCAUACGGGACAACAACAUCGUCAUACGGGACCCUUUCCACCACGAGCUAUGCCACCGCCCAACGUGAACCAACCACCCGGACCGGCGCCCAAGUUGCUCCAAAGCACCCCUCUGGCGAGAUUAUCUCCCAGUAGCGAGUUGUCUGCGCAACAACCGCGGAUUCUCACGUUGCACGACAUCAGCGGGAAACCGCUGCAGAGUGCGUUACUGGCCACCACGUCCUCAUCCGGUGGUGUCGGCAAGGACGCGCUGAAUUCCAAUAGCGAGAGGAGUCUGAACUCGCCCAUCAUGAGUCAGCUGUCAGGCUCAACCGCCAGUAGAAAGGCUCCGCAGUCCAACAAUGAAAACUCGGUGAACAACGUGUCAUCGGGCCCGAUGGGCCUCACGGCGGAGGAGAUCGAGCGACUCAAUUCUCGCCCGAGAACGUCCAGCCUGGUCUCCACUCUGGACGCCGUGAGCUCCUCCAGCGAGGCCAGGGGUCCGCCCGCGCACGGGCCUCUCCAUCACCACCGGCGUCACACGCCCCCCGUGGAGAGGCUUGAACGGCGGAACUCGUCGACCACCGACGAGAGCGGCAACGAUAGCUUUACGUGCUCGGAGAUCGAGUACGACAACGGGUCACUGGUGGGCGAUAAGCGAUCCGACAAUCUGUUCGCCAAACAGGACGACGAGAGGAGCAGCCCGCAGGGGAGGAGCAACGUCGAGUCGUCGCAGUCAACGAAGCCGCCACUACCGCCGAACGUCGGCAACUACGACGGCUUCGACAGCUCAUUUCGUGGCUCCCUCAGCACCCUCGUCGCCUCGGACGACGAUCUGUCGACCCAUAUGGGCGGCCUCCUCUACGGCAGCCACGCCACUAACGGCUCACCCACCACCACUACCACCACCGCCGCCGAGGACGCUCUCAGCUGGGACUACCUGCUCAACUGGGGGCCCAACUUCGAGAGCCUCGUCGGCGUGUUCAUCGACAUCGCCGAGCUGCCCGACAGCACCAGUCGGGUACCCCGAUUACCGGCGAAUAUCCCCAAGCCGUCCGAGGAAUACGUUUGAAACGGAUCCUCGGAUGUGAUGCCGGGACAAUUUAGUGAACAAUAGUAGUUUUAUGUAGUGACCGUGAGAAUUUAUUUCGGGGAAACAGAGACUCGCCUUGAGGAAACGCGCGAGAUCUAUACUUGGGAAUGUUAUCAAAUUGUUUUUGCUGCUCGUUUGGUUUGAUUAGUCGAACGUUUGUAAAUCGAUAGUAUAAAUAGCCGACAUCCGGUCUCGCGGGCUUGAAUGAUCGAACGUGGUUUUGAGUCAUACGGGGACACGUUUGAGAAAAGUGCCGGCGAAGAGUGUUGUGAAAAGUCGUUGCAACGUUUAGGGGUUGCAGCGAGGUGCAUGCCGCGUCGAACGCGUGAUCAUCUUGCCAUAAAACGUAGAGAGGAACGUCCCUCGAGGAGAGACUCGUCUGUAUUUCUCCCGUGCACGGGAGAGAUUCGUUAUUUUCUAUAUCAUACUCUUUAUCUCGCGAUAUUUUUUUUGUAAAUACUAAAUGACACGUGUCUAAAUCAAAAUGAUUCGCUCGCGCGAAACGUGCAAUAUCCUUCGAUUAACCGAUCGAUCUAACUGGAAAAAUCUUCUUAUGAUAUAAUAUCAUAUCAUGUAUUUCAAUUCAAAGAGUCAUAUAUGCAUGUGAAGUUAAUAUUAUUUAUAAUAUUGAUAUUAAGAUUUUAGAUCAUCUUAAUUAAUUUUAGAUAAUCAAUGUUAAUAUUAUGAAUAAUAUUAAUUUUAGUAGCGUUAAAUUUUGACGAUAAAUUUGCACGUCUCGCGCAUUUCGGGCGAUCGCACGCUAUAAAUACGGAAUACGCGAGAACCGUUGAAUGCCAUUUUUAAUUACGGCGAUUUAUCCGCCGCCGGUGAGACGGAGAGAUGUGCGACUGGGCAUCGAGGCAGUCCGAUUAUAAUUGUUAACUAGCGACUUUUGUAUACAUAUAUUCUAAGCUGUCGUGCCAGAUGACACACUCGAUGCAGUCGCACAUAUCGUAAUUAUUGCUUGAAUGGCUAAGUGGCAUGUAGGCACAUAUUUCAUGAUUUUUAAUAUUUUAAUCAUUGAUGAUUAAUAUUUUAAUCAUUAAUGAUUUUUAAUAUUUUACUACAAAAACUUAAAGGACUAUUUAUUGAAAUUGCAAAUUAAAGAGAUUUCCGGGAUAUGUAGCUGCAGCAUGUUUUAUAAAUUAAUUUAUAGUACGAUAUUUAUAGUAUAUAUUUAUACGCGAAUUAGAUUUUUAUCUUUUAUACGUCUUGAAAAUUGGCUUUUUAAUAGUAACUUAAAAAUAAAGGUAUGGUAAAAGAUAAAAAUAUUAAUAAAUAAUUACUGAUAACUUUUAUUAUACUAUACUUACUGGAAUUGCAAUUUCAAUAAGUAGAAACGCUGUUUUCCUAUUGACUUUGGAUCUUGAUGCUGCAACAUACGAAACUAGUCCUUAUAUCUUUUUUGUUUUAUGAUAAUAGAGAAUCAUUAUUAUUUUUAAAAAAUCAUAAAAUCUAUUGUCUUAUAAGUCCAGAUUAAAUUUAUCCGGAAAUUACAUCGGUUAUUAUUAUCUGAUUCUAGAAUAUUUUAAACAGCGAUUGUUUUGAUAUAUUUUCUUCGUUUUCUAUGUACGAAGUGCACCGUAGCAUCUGUGGCAUUCAGCCAUUCGACCGAAAAACACGGCGUUUCGAUUAGAAGAAUGCCCGACAAGAGAAGGGAGAGAGUUCGUCUUCCCACAUUACAAGUAACAGCUACUUCGCAAUUCUUGUACUGCGAGAAUAACGGAACGCCGCUGACGAACGGGAUUAUCGCGCCGUAGUGGAAUGCCAUGCGGACGCUAACGUGAUUCGCGGGCGUGUCAAAUUCGUGCUCAAUUCGUGUUCGUUAGAUGAACAAUAACGGCGUCUAAUCGUAGCUUUCCUGAGAGUGGUCUGCUGUUCGCAGACUACCAGACUGAUUUUCUCCUCUCUCUCUCUCUUUCUCCAAACGACGUUUCGCGAUCGUGAGAGAAGCGGCCUUCUCGACGAUCGCCUUGCGCGUUUACUUUGUAAAUUAUGAGAUCUGUCCUUGGUCCGAUUUCAUCUUGUAAAUAAAACCGCGCGUGUGAAUUGUACAAAUUGUGCGAAUGCAUGUGCGAGUGCCAAAAGGGAGUGCCUGCUAAUUCUAUUAUCGAUCGUAAAAUAGAUGACAGAUUUGUAAAA